CCUCAUCCCACCUUGGCCUCUUUCCUUCGUCUCGACUCAACCCAGGCUCAAAGAGCACAAAACGAGGCCUGUGAGAGCCUUAGUGUCUCCCGCACGUGGUCGCGAGACAACUAGGCAGUCCCUCCACCAUAAUAGGAGAGCGCCGACCAGCAACAGCAAGUACAGACCUCGGCCAAUCUCGGAUGGUAAGAACUCGGUCUCGCAACGAUGGCUUCGACCGCAGCAUCACCACCAGCGACUACACUUACUUCGGCACCUGUCGACGUCAAGCCAAUUCUCUCUAGGCAACCUUCUCUAUGCGCAAAACCUGCACAGACCCCUCCCGCCAGCUCCCCCACGUCCACAACACCCACCACAACCCUUUCUCUUACGAGCAAAGAAUGGAUUAUUCCUCCCCGGCCAAAACCUGGGCGGAAGCCCGCAACUGACACACCCCCGACAAAACGCAAGGCACAGAACCGUGCUGCACAAAGAGCCUUCAGAGAGCGACGCGCGGCACGAGUGGGAGAACUAGAAGAACAGUUAAAACAAAUCGAAGAGGAGAAUGAGCAUGAACAGGAGGUGUUGAAGACAACCAUCGACGAUCUCGAAAAGGAAGUCGACCAAUAUCGCACCGAUCUGGCGAAUUGGAUCGACCGUUGUCGCAGACUGGAGAAUGAACUGGUCGCUCUCCGGUCCGCUCCGUCGAGCACUACCAAGACCAGCGAGAGCGGACAAGACAAAUCUUCAACGACAGAUACCGCUAUCAAUGACACCAGUGUUGGCUGUGGCAAUUGCACUUUGGAGACUCGCUGCCAAUGUAUCGACGAUGCCUUCCAGGCUAUGGGAGGGGAAGCCGCGGCGAACACUCACCAGCACGAGAAACGACCUCAUUCACCGGUGCAAGUGGAUGUCGAGAAACGCAUCAAGGUGGAGCCGAAAGACAACAUGGAAAUUGAUUUUACGGCUAUGUACGCCUCUAAAGAUCUGCCAAGCAUCACCCGGCCAGAGGACGGGUCUCCAACAUCUGCUGUAGCCGACCCUUGUGGCUUCUGCUCGGAUGGCACACCAUGUAUAUGUGCUGAAAUGGCGGCAGAGCAAGAGCAAGCUCGGAAUCAAUUAAUUGCGCCUGUAAAUCUUGCUCGACCUCCAGGAGCGGUCAAUCCACCAAGACAACUUGACCAAUUCACUCCACCACCAUCCGAAGGCGACGUAGCAAUGGCGAUUCCAGCGCUCUCUAUGCCGGCGGGAUGUGCUUCCGGGCCAGGAACAUGCGCACAGUGCCGCGCUGAUCCGAACAGUACCCUCUUUUGCAAGUCAUUAGCUGCAUCGCGAGCACAGUCUACAGCCACGCCAUCGGGCUGCUGUGGUGGCCAGACGCCCGGUGGCUCGUGCUGCCAGAGUCGGAGUGAUACUGUCCCGUUACCACCUCGGACAACGCGCUCUCGGGCAGCUGCUGCUUCAUCACUGACUCAGACUCAGACUCAGCCCGCACCACAAAAGGCAGGCGUAACGCUGACCUGCGCGGAUGCAUACACGACGCUAAGUCGGCACCCGGCAUAUGAACGUGCCAGUGGCGACAUAGCGACAUGGCUGCCGAAGCUACAUGCCAACCAUGCGCAGCCCGCUAUGAUUGGAAGACCGGCUCUCGAAAUUGACGCCGCCAAUGUCAUGGCUGUGUUGAAGGACUUUGAUCGUAGAUUUGGACAGAACCGCUGAUUUCCCUGGCCACGCCAUGCCGAGAUCUUGCAGAUCUUUAUUGGAUGUUAUUGAGUCCCUCGCGGUGUCUUGCUUAGGUCUACAGGGUUGAAUGCACCGAAAAUGGUCGUUGCCGACUCGAUGCCCAUAAUCACUAUAGGGAUCUGCCACCAGGCAUUACAAGCCGUACUCCGUGAGAGAGUGUGGGCAUGACAGCACAUCUCCUUGACUGAAGCCUGGUCUCAGCUCUCUACACACCAAUCUCGUCGGAACAGAGAGGUCGACUUCCUGCUGGCACGAUAUCGAUCCUACGACGAUUAAACCUUAUUGGAAAAGGCUAAAGCCAGACACUCCAAGCUUCAGCCGCUAUCGGUUGCAGCUACUUCGAGCACUCUCAGACACUAACUCGUUCGUCCGUCACGCCACGUCGCGACACUGCUCAGGACAGAAUUUCAUGGAGAAGAGCAGCACAGCCCCGCGGACGCUGAGCAAUGGGGUCCCGGCUUCGGCUGUUGUUGCUGUUGCUGUUGCUGUUGCAGAUCGCUGUUCAUAGCCAUGCUCUCCAGGAUGCAUCAGGGGCAAUCAAUUCUCGCACUCAUGCAAGGGUCAGAUUUCUUAUGGAGUGACCCCGAAACAAUACUAGUAGUGUACAUACGUUCCCAACGUACAUAAAACGAUAUCAUGAUCGUAGAACAGGCGGACGUCGCGGCCCUAGGGCGAAUCACGGAAUUGUAGAUAUGAAAGGAAUGGAAACAGUCUUGCAAAGCAUAAGAUAGCUCAUGUUCGCGUUGGAGCAGUCUACUUGUAUCUACCUUUCUUCCGACUUGAAGGAAACGUCAAUUCCCCCCGGGCCACAUUAGGCGUUGGAGGAGCUAAUCCCACAGC